AUGGAAACGCCGCCCGGGUUGCAGCUAGUCGGUUUUGCGGACGAUCUCGCGGUUGUGGGCACGGCCGUGACCGGAGAGCAGCUCGAAGAUGCGAUCAAUCCUACACUGGCGACCAUAGAUGUCUGGAUGCGGAGCAGGGGCCUAGAGCUGGCUCAUCAGAAGAGCGAGGCGGUGGUGCUUUCCCGGAGGCGGGCGUUUGUCCCACCACGCUUGACGGUCGGCGGUCACCCGAUCCCACUACGGAAUGAGAUUAGGUACCUCGGUGUGAUCCUGGACAAGCGUCUAACCUUUGCUGCACACGCGAGCACUGUCGCUGCGAAGGCGGCCCGCACAGCCGUUGCGUUAUCCAGGCUCAUGCCCAACAUGGGCGGAUCGGCUCAGUGGAAGAGGAGGCUGCUCGCGUCUGUUGUGGAAAGCCAGUUGCUGUAUGCUGCUCCCGUCUGGAUCCCUUCCGUUACUGAAGUCGCCAGAACUAGGGCGGUCUUGAUCCGUCCGCAGAGGACCGCCGUCUUGAGGGUAAUUCGGUCCUACCACACCGUGUCGGACGAGGCCGCCUUGGUCUUGGCCUGCAUGCCGCCCGUCGAUCUGCUUGGACUGGAGAGGCAGUACAUCGGAUCCCAUCUGCGCGCCGUAAUGGAGCCCGGUGAACAACGGCCUUCCAAGGCGGCCGUGAAACGCGAGGCAAGGGAAAUCACGAUCGUCGCCUGGCAGGCAAGAUGGCACGCCACCCCGAAGGCAGCCUGGACGCGCCGAGUAAUCCCUGACCUGGCAAGAUGGCUAGGUAGGACUGUCCCGUGGGUGCCUCUGACGUACCACAUGACUCAGGCACUCACGGGCCACGGCUGCUUUGAAUGGUACCUCCAUCGUAUGGGCAAGGCCGCUAGCACUCGAUGCUGGCAGUGCUUGGGCGAAUCAGAUACCGUUGAACACACCCUGUUUGAUUGCCCCUACUGGGACGGCCUUUGUGAAGCCCUGAGAGCCAGGAUUGGCCACCGACCGAGCACGGAGGACGUUCCGGACAUCAUUUGUGGACCGGCGUUCGAGCUCCUGCCGGCGGACGCCCAAGGGAAGGAUGCGAUCCUGAGAGAGGCCGAAGAGCGGUUCAGGCUAUUCUACGGCAUGGUGGAAAACAUCCUCUCAAUCAAGGAAGAUGAGGAACGAGUGCGACAGGCUGCGAACCGGCGGAAUUUACAAUAA